CUGUUCAUUUCUGAUAAGACAUUUAAAUUGAUUUAUUUCGCAUCGAAGCUAACCGCAAAUAUUAAUAAAAUAUUUUAACGUAUAUGUAAUUUUACGUAAUAUUACGUAAAAGUGUGAAUUGUACAAGUAAAAUAUUUGUUAGCAAAUUUCAUGCUAAAACCGAUUUCGAUUAUAAAACCCUGGCCAACCUUUAACAAGUGUGAUGAAAUUUUUAUUACAAUUCGCUCCCUUCCUACAUUUUUAUUCAAUUACUAACUUUUCUCAGAAGGUUACGUGUAAUUAUUUAUAAUUUGUACAUAUAUAAAUUAUAGGUCACACAUCCACAGGAUAUGAGUGGUUUUUCGGCGUUGCGAGCAAUUAACAGUCUUAUGUCUAGUUCAGUUUAAAUUAGCCAAUGGAAUUUUGCACGAAGUCCAGGUUAAUUAGUAAAAGGCGCGCAGUUAAGACAAUAGCUACGAAACAAAUUGUACACCAACGUACGUUUUAAAUUGCCUAUAAAGGAAAUAAAACAUUAGUGGAUCAUCUGUGGGGAGUACCAGACGGAUGCGACGUGACGAAAAUCAGUUGUUGCAGUGAAACCGAACGAAGACGGCGAAGAAAUAAUGGCUUGUGAAUGCAAGAAGACCGAUUUCGGGCAAAUACAGUGCAGCCAUCGACUUCUGGAUGUCGUUCAUUUCAGAAGGAUUUUCAAGGAUUCCAAGACUUUUGUCGACAUGAACAUUUUGAGGAGUUUGCAACAGACCAGCGACGAUUUCGAAUCGCUGAUGGAACUGACGCAGUGCAAACCGCCGGAAGAAUUGCUUCAGAAGUUCCUCGACGAGAAUUUUGAAACCAUCGGCGAAAUUGAGGACUGGAUCCCGCGGGAUUUCAAGGAGAAUCCUGCUUUUCUGGAUAAGAUCGUUAACGAGAAGAUCAAGAAAUUUGCUGCCGAAUUGGUGAAGAUCUGGCCCAAACUGGCCAGGAAGGUGAAGGACGACGUUUUCGAUAACCAAAGCAAAUACACGCUGGUUCCGGUACCUAAUGGGUUCGUUGUUCCUGGAGGACGGUUCAAGGAGAUUUAUUACUGGGAUUGUCUUUGGAUCAUCAAGGGGUUACUCUUAAGUGAGAUGUUUGAAACUAGUAAAGGAAUUCUAGAGAACUGUUUUCAUCUAGUCGAAACUUACGGUUUCGUUCCGAAUGGCAACCGUGUCUACUACCUAAACAGAUCUCAACCCCCAGUGUUAACGAUGACGGUAGCUGAAUAUUUACAGGAAACGAACGAUGUAGACUGGCUCAGAAAAAACAUAGGAUCUAUUGAGAAGGAGUUAAAUUAUUGGGUAAAUGAGAAAAGUGUGGUGGUAGAGAAGGAUGGGAAGGAAUAUGUUAUGGCACAUUACACGACGAACAAUUUUACACCAAGGCCGGAAUCUUAUUUUGAAGAUAUUCAGAUGGGCUCCAUUUUUGAAUUGGACGAUGAGAAGGCAAAAUGCUACGCAGAAAUUAGAUCGUCUGCAGAAAGCGGAUGGGACUUCUCCAGCAGAUGGAUUUUCGAUUCCGAAACCUAUGAACUAAGUCAUACCCAAACCACCAGAGUGGUACCUGUUGAUCUUAAUUCAUUUCUGUGUAAAAGCUAUGCUGAAAUAUCGAAAUUUUUCCAUACACUAGGUGAUGAAGAAAAAUGCAGCUACUGGAAGACCAAAUCAGAUUUGUUGCAAAUAGCAAUUGAAGAGGUUCUAUAUGAUGAAAAGGAUGGAAUCUGGCACGAUUUCGAUUUAAAGUUAGGAAAAAUCAGAAGGGAGUUUUACACCAGUAAUUUCACACCCCUAUGGGCUGAGACUUAUGAUUUAACCAAAUCUGAAAUUUAUGGAGGCAAGGCUGUGGAAUACCUGAAAAAUUAUGGCAUAAUGGAAUAUCAAGGAGGAAUUCCAACAUCGUUGAUUCCCACAGGACAGCAGUGGGACUUUCCGAAUUCCUGGGCGCCAUUCCAGGAUAUCGUGAUAACAGGGUUGUACAAAUCCGGACACUCGGAAGCCCAAGAGAUUGCAACGGAAUUGGCAAAGAGAUGGAUAACCGCAAAUAUGAUAGGUUUCGAAGAAACUCACGCGAUGUUUGAGAAAUACGACGCCAGAUUCCCUGGUAAAUACGGAGGUGGUGGAGAAUACGAGGUUCAAUCGGGAUUUGGUUGGACGAAUGGGGUAGCUUUAAAAUUGAUCAAUCAGUUUUAUACGAAAGAGUGACUGUUUGUGUAAUGUAAAUUAUAAUUUUAAAUGCCAUAUAGUAUUCAAUUCUAAUAUUAGAUAUGAAUGAUCUUUUGUUGAAUUUAUUAAUAAUUAAUAAUAAUUAAUAGUAAUAAUCAUGAACAUAUUAGUUCUGCUGUAUUUAUAAAUGUUCAUUAUACAUUUAUCCGUUUAGUACGACAUUUGUUUUUGAAUAAAAUUAUUUUUA